GGAGAGCCCAAUUGUAAUAAAUUUAUCAAAGUAUGUGUACUUCCGCCACCCCCUUACGAUCAUAUCUCAAACCUGCCACAUGAAGACGUAAAAAACUUCGACAACACACGCACAAAUCACAAGUCAAGGGAUGAGCGUUCUUCACUCGAUCUUACGCGCUGCUAUUUUGGCGCUUUUAAUCACAAGAAGUACAGCCGCCAUAUGUUCAAACUGCCCAGGCUCGGAUGGACACAUUUCUAAAUGCACUGUAGAUGGCGGAGACCUGUUGGCGAGCGCUAACGCAGUUUCCCUCCUACAGUGCUUUGAUCAUUGUAUAAGGCAAGAGGGUUGCGAGUUCUACGCUUAUGAUUCUAAACUCAGUGUCUGCAAGAUGUACUCGAAGUCUUUGGAAAGUGUGCUUAAGAGUAAACUGGUUGAAAAGGAAGGUAGUUUUACUGCGUGGAUCAACCGUGGUCCUUUCAAACGGUGGCUGGUACCUAUUUGUGGGACAGAUGGCCUCUGUAAUGAGAUCUCGUCGUUUGAUACAGGAUGGUGUGGGAAGCCUCUGGACAUUGUCUUCCUCAUCGAUACAUACGUCACACUGUCAUCUGUCUUGACAAGCCAAAAAGCCUUCAUCGAAAACGUGCUUAAAAAAUUCGACCUCGGCCAGGAAGCCACCAUGCCUUCUGUGAUCACUUAUGACGAAGGAGCGAAGCUGGAAUUGUCCUUUAACAACUUCUCCACCAGCUCGGAAUUCUUUACCAAAGUAAGAGCAAUCUCUUUGUCAUUGGAGAGCGGUUCAAGAUACGACAAGGCAUUGAACCUUUCGGUGACGCAGGCUUUCAGUAGCCAGCACGGCGCCAGACCAUUGGCGCACCGUGUAGUGGUACUCAUAGCUAACAAUAACCUGGAUAGUGGGUCGGGUAAAGUGGCUGACAUCAAUAAUGCUGUGGCGGGCAAGUGUGCGCGCGUCUUUGUACUGACUGUUGGAACCGUGUACAAGGAUCCGGAGACAUUCGCCACAGGUCCACCGUACGCUAGGACGUUCAAUGGGUUCGCAGAUUUAAAUGCCACGGUAGAGGAUGAAAUGGCAAGAGCUUUCUGCUCGGAUUUGGUGUGACACGAAGACAAUCAUAACUGAACAGUAGUCUUUAUACUCCUGUACCAAGUGGUGUGGCACUAAGAUUGUCGGAACAGCGCCUCUUCAUUCAUGGAUGGGAAUUAUGCGCGCGCUAUCUAAAAAUAUUAUUUUAUUAGAAUACCAACUCGAAUAGAUGCUUAAAAAAGGAGCAACAUCGACCACGACCACUUUCAUUCUAAAAUUGCAAUACGACUCACCCUCGUCAAGGUUUCCGGUUCUUUUUCUUAUUGUUAACGAUCGCUGCGACUUUAAGCCCGUAAAACUUGUUUUUUUUUUUCAUAAAUGUAACUUCCACUGCAAAAUUAUUACUUUAGAAAUAAACACGAGUCGUUUCUAUGAUGGGAUGGAUUACAAUCUACUAUUACUACUAUUAUUAUUACUACAACCAUUUGCAUAGGGUUUCAUAGCCUACUAUCACUAUAACCAUUUGCAUAGGGUUUCAUAGCCUACUAUCACUAUAACCAUUUGCAUAGGGGUUUAAAGCCUAUUAUCACUAUACCCUUUUGCAUAGGGUUUCAUAGCCUACUAUCACUAUAACCGUUUGCAUAGGGGUUUAAAGCCUAUUAUCACUAUAACCUUUUGCAUAGGGUUUCAUAGCCUACUAUUACUACAAGUAUUUGAAUAGGGUUUCAUAGCCUACAAAACAAUGGUCCCGCAAGCGGGAUUACCGAAAAUUAAGACACUUUAAAUAGGUUUAAAUAAUACAUCGAUGGUCGAUCGGUGGUAUUUCAAUCAAAUUAGGUACAUCAUAAUUAUUCAUAUAGGUGUACAUUAUCUCCAUUUUAUUAAAAGAGAAAUCAGGUAAA